UUCUGGUGGUGGGACACCCACCCACAUUCACCCAUGAGGAUCCUCCAGCUGGUCUUUGCCAUCGUUGUCAUUCUCCUCCUCCAGGAUGCACCUGCAAGAGGUUUUUCAGAUAGCCAGCUGUGCAGGAACAACCAUGGCCACUGCCGGAGGCUCUGCUUCCACAUGGAGAGCUGGGCUGGGAGCUGCCUGAACGGCCGCCUGCGCUGCUGCAGGGUCUCCACCAAGCAGCCCUUUUCCAACCCUAAACUUUCAGUGCUGCACACAGAAGAGCAGGACCCUUCCCCAAGCCUGGGAGGGACGUGA